CUGGGAACUAUAGGAGAGCAAGCUGCAGAAGACUGAUAGAGUCCUAAAUAGGUUUUCCAGAUAUGGAUUAAAGAAACAUGGAACAAAUGCAUAAACAAUGAAGUGUCAUUUCCAGAGACGUUAAUAUGCCAAUAAAUUCUGAAAUAGAUACCGGGUAUACCUCUCAAUAAGAGUAAGAGAGAUUAUGCAAUGAAAAGAAAAUUAAUUUUAGGGAUCCAAUUACAGAAAAAGUCAUCCUGCACUUGAAUAUGGGCGACAUAAAGACGAGGGACAAUUAAUCAACAUGGUCAUCUUGGCAGCCCGGCAUAUGAUAUUUCUCAAAUGGGGAGCCCAUGAGACCCCGACGACUGGACAAUGGAAGAUGCUGCUAUACCCCACUGUGAGUUUGAGAAGGAGACUUGCAAACCAUCCCCAGGGCCAGAUCAAAAUAUCCCAGAGACAUUCAAUGGUUCUGUAAAGCAGAAUCUUGUUGAUAAAUGUAAUUCACAAGAGCACAUUCAAGAACAGUCUAAGUCAAAUGAUAAGUGUAUCAUUUACUCUUGUUUAGGAACCAUAGAAGACAAGCAGUUUAAUUGUUCCACAUGUGGCAAGAAGUUUGCUCGCGGUUCCAACCUUGCGAUGCAUGAGAUUAUUCACACAGGUGUGAAGCCAUAUGUGUGUUGCAUAUGUGAAAAAAGCUUUAGCCACAGUUCUCAUCUUGUUCGACAUAAAAGGGUUCACACUGGAGCAAAACCAUACGUAUGCACAGAGUGUGGGAAAAGUUUCAAUCAGAGUUCCAAUCUUGUAACACACCAGAGGACUCAUACUGGCGAGAAGCCAUUCUCAUGCACUUCAUGUGGCAAGAGCUUUACCGAUUACUCUGCUCUUGUACGGCACGUGAGAGUUCACACUGGUGAAAAACCAUAUUCUUGUUCUUCAUGUGGGAAAGGCUUUUCGGAUCGCUCCAAUUUAAUUGUCCAUCAGAGAACGCACACUGGAGAAAGGCCAUAUGUUUGUAUAGAAUGUGGUAAAGGUUUUAUUGACAGCUCAUCCCUAGCUAAACACCGGAGAACACACAAUGCAAAGAAACUUUACAUAUGUUCUGAAUGCGGCCAAAGUUUUCUUGACUAUCCAUCACUUGUUAAACAUGAAACAGCUGAAAAUUGUCAAUCGUUUAAAAGGACAUUCUAAUAUGAACAUAAAAUGCAGUGAAUGUCCCUUUAAUUCCCUGUCAUAGUCAUGUUUUUAUUAGUAAUAUCUUAUAAAAUAUCUUCAUUAUGGAUUACAACAUUGAAAUGAUGUGCCAGUGGAAACAUUUACUCUUGCUUUCUCACUCAGUAUAAGUCCCUACAAUAAAUUGCUUUGUGUUUUGACUGUUUUCUUUACGCAUCAAGGAUUAUGAGGGGGAGAAUGAGAUGACAUUUAAAGGGACAUUAAAGAGCCAGUAAACUUCAUACUUCCACUUAUCAUAUAAGUUAUUAAUAUAAGUUGUUAUACUCAAAUAUGUACUUUCAUUGUGAACAAAGUUAUAUAACCUUUCCAGAAUAACAGGAGAAAUCUGUAGUGCUCCAUAGCGCCCCUCCAAAAUUCUGUUCACUAAAGUUUCCAAUUGCUGCUCACCUCAUAAUGAGUAUUUGCAUAUUUAUUAGGCUGCAGGUUCACUUCCCAUCACAUGCACACUUGUUGAUUCUCUGCAAUUGCAAUAUAGGAAUCUCCCUGCAGCUCUCUAAGCACUGCUACUCUCUGCUGCAGAAAUCUCCUCCUCCUUAAGCUGGUAGUGUCAGAUGGCAACCGCUCUGUGUUUUUGCCAAGCUUCCUUCUCCUUCCUGGCAAUGUCAGCUGCUAAGCCCUUAUCACAAUGGUGUUGUGCACUUCCCUAUGUAUAAUGAGCCACACAGAGGGAGUGUAAAGUCCCUUAUUUUACUGAAGGGAAUUAAUAACAUAAAUAAUGGAUUGACAUCUACACAUUUGACUUAGCAAAUCUUAUUUUUUUAGGGGGGAUUGCAUGGCCUUUUAAUUAAUUGCCAAUAAAUUUAAUUAAUAAACAAAAAGCAUCUUUGCAAGGUGCAUUAAAGGGACAUUGUACACUAGAUUUUUCUUGCAUAAAUGUUUUGUAGUUAUAUAGCCAUUCGGUAUUGCUUUUGUAACAAUGUACAGUUUUACUUAUUUUUUUAGAACAUUGUGCUGAUUUUCAGACUAACCUAAUCAACAGUGCUAAACUGGGAGCUCCGUAACUUUUUAAAAGUAUAUUCUUCUUUAUAGUAGUGCCUAUUACAUGCAGUUAUAUAAAAAUUGGUGUAUACUGUCCCUUUAAUUAUUUAAAUGUGCUUGCUUUUGUCAUAAAAUAGUGCUUGCUUCACAUUAGCUAGGCUGGAAUUCAAAUUCUGUAAUUCUGUUGCAAAAAUGUUGCAAAUUGCAUGACCCGGUUAUACAGUGAUUGAGCAGAACACAAACUCAUUUACAAUUGUUCAUGAUUUCCAAACAUCUGCAUCAUAUGACAAUGACAGUUUUAAAUACUUUCAAAAUGUAUUUCAUAUGCAGAUCUUAUGCAAUACUUAAAAAAUAAAUGUAAUAUUUCUUUAAAUUGAA